CACGAAAGUGAGCAUUUUCCUUGUGGUUGUUGUAUGUAUAAAAUAAUAUUUAGCGGAUAAAAUGUGACGUUUAAGAUUAAAUGUCUACGAUUGCGUGUGAAAUUUGAUAGUGUUGAAGCGCGUGGUGACUCGUCUUUGCAAGACAAAUCAUGACGAGACGAUCUUUGUGUCUGAGGCAAGUAGUGGCCCACAAUAGCAGGCAAGGGAGGGGCCGGGCCGCUCCCGGGCUGAGGCUGACUCUGUAGCCGCUUCACUCGAAGGGAAGUCGGGCAACGACGCUCGCCGGAGGCAUGUAAAGAUGGCAGAGCUACAAAUGUUGCUCGACGAGGAGAUUCCGGCCGGCAAGAGAGCGCUCGUGGAGAGUUACCAGAACCUGACCCGAGUGGCGGACUACUGUGAGAGCAAUUAUGUGCAGGCCCAGGACAAGAGGAAAGCGCUGGAGGAGACCAAAGCCUUCACCACGCAGUCCCUGGCCAGCGUGGCCUACCAGAUCAAUGCCUUGGCCAACAACGUGCUGCAGCUGCUGGACAUCCAGGCCUCGCAGCUUCGGCGCAUGGAGUCGUCCAUCAACCACAUUUCUCAGACCGUGGACAUCCACAAAGAGAAGGUGGCCCGGCGGGAGAUCGGCAUCCUGACGACCAAUAAGAACACGGCGAGGACCCACAAGAUCAUCGCGCCGGCCAACAUGGAGCGCCCCGUGCGCUACAUCAGGAAGCCCAUCGACUACGCCGUCCUGGACGACGUCGGACAUGGAGUCAAGUGGAUGAAAGCCAAGCAACACGGAAACAAUCAGUCACUCCGAGCGGGAACACUAUCGCGGACCAACCCCCCCACGCAGAAACCACCCAGUCCGCCCAUGUCAGGGCGCGGCACGCUCGGGCGAAACACAUCCUACAAAACCUUGGAGCCGGUGAAACCCCCCACGGUGCCCAACGACUACAUGACCAGCCCGGCCCGCCUGGGCAACCAGCACGGCGCGCAGCACAGCCCGGGAUGCGCGGCCUCGCUCAACCAGAGGCAGCGGACUCACAGCGGCAGCAGCGGGGGUAGCAACAGUCGGGAGAAUAGCGGCAGCAGUGGCAUCGGCAUUCCCAUCGCAGUGCCUACACCCUCCAUUCCCAACUCUGGACCAGGUGCCCCUCCGCCGCCGCCGCCUCCUCCUCCUCCGACCGGGUUCGGACCUCCACCUCCACCGCCUCCUCCUCCUCCCAUAGCGGUGGCUCCCGGGCCGGGUCCGGGCCCCGCCCCAAUGUCGCAGUUUGGCACCAUCUCGCGGCAGAUUUCACGGCACAACCCCGCCAACUCGUCGGUCUCCACGGUGUCGGCCACCGGCACCUACCGCCGGGCCCCGUCCGUCACCUCGCAGUUCUCCUUUCAGCAGCAGCUGCCUCACGUUAAUGGAGGCACGCCCGCUUAUAGCCACAACUCAAUGUGCGUGGCGCCCCCUCCCCCUCCCCCGAUGCCCCAGCUGACGCCACAGAUCCCCCUGACUGGCUUUGUGGCCAGGAUGCAGGAGAGCAUCUCCGACGCCCCGACUCCGCCCCCGCCGCCGCCCCCGGACGACGUGGCCGUGUUCGACGAGUCCCCGCCGCCGCCGCCCCCUCCCCCGGUGGACUACGAGGAGGAGGACGCCUCGGUGGUGCACUACAACGACCCCUACGCCGACGGGGACCCCAACUGGGCACCCAAAAACUACGUGGAGAAAGUGGUCGCCAUCUACGACUACAGCAAGGACAAGGACGACGAGCUCUCCUUCAUGGAGGGCGCCAUCAUCUAUGUGGUGAAAAAGAACGACGACGGCUGGUACGAGGGCGUCAGUAGCGGCGUCACCGGGCUCUUCCCCGGAAACUAUGUGGAAAGCAUUCAUACACUACGCCGACUGAGCCGCCGUGACGCUAACCUCGACCAUUAACCAAGUAAGACGACAGCGUGCACAAUUAGCCAACGGUAAACCCUCCGCUUAUCGACGUUUAUUUGCAAUAUAGCGGAGGCGCCAACGAUAAACCGAGAUAUAGCGGAUGUCUACUGGAUUUUUGUUUUGUUUUGUUUUUUUAUUCUGGGCGACAUCAACAGUUGAUGUGGUGUCCAAAGAUGGGGAAAUUAUUAUUUAUUUUUUUUCCCCAGUCGGCGGCAUUCUCUCUGUGCUGUAAAAUGGUUUCAUGUCCAACUCAACACUUCCUCCAUGAGAGAAAAAAGAAAAGCAUGCCAACCGUCACAAUAUUACCUUCAGUUUAUGAUUAUUGCCAUUAUGUUGUAAAUUUAUUCACCUGUUUUUUUUUUGUAUUAAUGUUGAAUCACUGAACCUGUAAGAAAAUUCAGAAGAUUUCAGGGCCUCAAAAAUGACUCUCUUUUCACACAUCAGCAUCUUUGCUUCCGGGUUGCCCUUCGGUUUGGUUUUGUUGUGCUGCAUUUACACGGCUGGUAAAGCGUUCCACAAACAAACGAUUAAGUUAGUUGCUUAGCAAAAGAAGGUCUUGCAAGUGUAAAACUCAGGAUGCCAACACAGCCUUUUUAUUUGCAGGCUCGUUUUUUUAAUAUAUAUAUAUAUAUAGAUUUUUUUUUUUUUUUUUACAAAAUUCACAGAGCUAUAUCUUCAGAACAACGCUGUUGAUGAACUGUAAAACCAAGUAUAACAAAACAUUUUUUAUUAUAGUGACCAGAAUGUUUCGAUUGAAUUCACAACGGGUGCUGCGAAAAUAACGCCGCGCUUUUCGGAACUCCCAGGUGUCUUGAACGCACCAUCAAUGAACGUGUUUAGCACGUAUGCAGUUAGGAUAGCAGCACGCAUUCUUUUCGUUGAGUAAUUUGCCCAAUAGGUGCACUCGGUUGUUUAUUGGUGUACUUUAGUUUGCCUAAUGCGCUAUAAAACCCUUGAAAAGGGCCGGUUUUGUUGCAUUUUUACAGCGUCUUUGCCGUAACCCGUCCACACGGCUUCCUGUUUGUUUUGACCAUUCAGAGACGAGACUAAGGUCACGCGGUUGGGUCGCGAUGCAUUUGGGGAUGCUCGGAUUUGCGAAAAAUGCCAAACCAUGGAAAUCGGCCAGUUUACAAACCUUCAACUGAAUCCGACCACGUCAACCCAACAUUCCGUGUUUGACUUAAUGUUAAUGGACAAAAAAACAAACCAAUCGACUUUAAACGAGCAACUUAUUCUUACCUCUUGAUGAGCGGCUAUGUUAAAUCCUCAUAAUUUUCACUCAGGUGUUUGCUGAGUUCUCACAUCGUAUUGUUUUCAUUUAUGUUCUUCAUAUUUGCUUUUUGUGCAUCAAACAACAAAAUCUGCCCCUCAUUUGUAUGUAAAAUAUGUUGAUUAAAAAAUGUAUGUACAGCCUUUUAUAAUAAACAGUUCUAUGUACAACAAGAA